AUGCAAGUGGCCAGCCACAUGUCGCCACGGCCGCCAUCGCGCGGCGACCGCUCCUUUAUUAUUGCUCCCGUCGUCCUAAUCAAUGGCCGCACCACAGUCCAAGAUAAGCUUCUCGGUACCGCGGGUCCGAUAACCCGCCACACCUCUGGCGCUCGUGUGCGUGAGGUCACAGACCCCACGGCGGAUAUCGCCAAUUCGCGCGGCAAUAAAGGGAUGCAAGGUAGCAGCUGCGAUUGGAUUCGGGACUGGCAGACAGUUAGGCCCACACCUCAAGCGCGCAGUGCGUGCCCGCUUGAUUGCUCGCAAUUGUCGGCAAUCAGCGUCAAUUCGCCGCCCCUCCCCCGCUUCCCCUCCACCGCUUUCACUUCUCACCGGUACAGUCGCCGGCAUAAGCGUUAUCGCUACAUAGUA